AUGGCCACCAAUUCGACCGUCGCUAUCUCCGAGCCAUGUGAUAUUGUACAAAGACGAAAGUCCGUGAGAUUUAGUCGCUUCGAGAAGGUGUAUCCAACUCACUCUUCGAUAGAAUAUGACCUUGACCUCGCCCAACGACAUUUUGACUCAAUAUGA